AUGCAGUGCAUGACAGCACCUAACAACGCUGGGACUUGGGGUGUUCUGACAACUCUGGGCUGGGUUGUACUCAAAUCAUGGGAAAAUGGCAGCUUCUGGUACUUCAAGGCCGCAACGAUACCCAAGGGCGCUUACAACAUAUUCAACUGCAACAUCCAGCCUAUUUUCAACAAGAAUCACCCUAAUCAGUCCAUUUUUGAUAAAGUGUUCUUCUUCUACUGGGGACAGCAAGCAUCGAGCUUUGUAGAGAAGAAAGUGAAUGAGAGGAACGACUACAUAAAGGAUCUCAAGGAGGCCUUUGCUUAA